UCCACAAAAAUACGAAAUUUGACUUUUGAUGCCAUCUAGUGGUGCAUUUGGUUACCUACCAGAUGGAAUACUUCUUAUUUCCCAAAAAAUACUGCAAAAUUUGCUAUCGACGUAUAAUAAAAACACUUAUCUCCAAGCCGCCAUUUUGUCUUACCCAAUGUGCGUAUCUCCGGCGCUCAGUACGGCUUUGCUUGUGCAAGGGGAGGACGUGCGUGCGCUCUUUAGAAAAAGAUAUAACAACUAUCAUGUAUAAAAAUCCUCGAACUUUAAAAAUACUCCAAAACGUUGACCAUGGCGUAUCAGAACCAAUACUUUGCCGAAAUAUUCCGAAUCAAAUUGCUUUGCCGGAUAUCGAAUUAUCAAAAAUUCAACCAGGGUCUUAUACAUUACAGCCAGAUUGUUCUUUGCUAUUAGAGGAAGAGGAAAAUAGCCCGACUAAAGUACGCAUUUGCGGCACUCCAACAAAUAUAAUUAUCUGCAGUGACGGAUCUCUCCGAAAACGAUCAACAAGUAGUUCGACGUGCAGUAUCUCCAUAUUAAACGAUUCUAUAAUUAUGCCGACUACAUCUGACAUUCAUUGUAAUAUUUUAGAACAGGAUGUUACGAUGGACUCUCAAGAAACACUGACGAACGAGACUACUUUGGGCCUAUCAGAAAAAUAUCUAACAUCAUCUGUUCCUAAAUCUCUUAACGAUGAUAUUUCAGUAAAUGAUGAGACAAUUAAGAAUUACCAGGAUGUUUCUGAAAAGGCUACCUGUUCAUCAGGCACUACAUUAAGUCACCAACAUGAUUUUCCCGAACAAAUUAUGACAACAACUGAAAAGAAAAGAAACAAAAAGAGUCGUCCUCAGGAUUGGAGCGUUAAUAAAAAUAAAGAUCAGAGGGAGAAAGGUCAACCAUAUUUGGGCAAGAAAAAAGUUGACGAUAAAUGGCGUUUCGUACAGAUCAAGAAUGAGAGAAAGAUUAAAGACAGAUGCAACUGUAAGCUAAGUUCAAGAGGUAAUACAAAGUUACAGUGUAAAGAAAUACCAGAAGAAGAGCGACAAAAAUGCUUCAAAGAUUUUUGGAAAAUGACGUGGAAAGAAAAGAAAGUUUUCAUCAAAAUGUUGUCUGUUUGUAAACAAAAACAAAGAAACAGAUCUGCUGGAACAUCCUCAAGACGAGAAAAUUCUGUGGAAUUAUAUCUCUCGGAUAGCAAAGGGAACAGAUAUCGGGUGUGCAAAAGAAUGUUUCUAAACAGUUUGAGUGUUGGCGAAUGGGUUAUCAAAAAAUGGAUUAUAUGCGAUGAUGGCACACCGAAAAAUAUACCAAAAAAUAAUGUCAAGGCGGAGCCGCAGAAACAGUUACGACGAUUUUUCGAUUCCCUACCCAAACUGGAAUCACACUAUUGUCGUAAGGAUUCUUCAAAACUAUAUUUAGAACCACUAUGGACAUCAAAAUCCCAGUUAUACAAGGCUUAUACAAAAGACUUCUGCUCUCAAAAAAAUGCUGAACCUUUAAGCAUCGCCACUUUUUGUAAUAUUUUUGAUGAGCUAAACUUAUCGCUGUUUCGACCAAAAAAAGACCUGUGCGAAACUUGUGAGUCAUUUAAAACGAAAAAUAUUACAGAAUCCGACUACAAGAUACAUCAAGAUAUGAAAAAAGAAGCUCGCGAUGAAUUGACAAAAGACACUUCCUCGAAUAACGAAGUGUAUACCAUGGAUUUACAGUCUGUGCUUUUGAGCCCGCAAUCAAAUGUUUCUUCCCUGUACUACAAAAGAAAACUUAUUGUACACAAUUUUACUCUGUAUGACGUUAAACGAAACAAAGGAUAUUGUUACAUCUGGAAUGAAUGUGAAGGAAAACUUUCAAGUAAUGAAUUUUCUACUAUAAUUGUAACUGCACUGGGAAAGUUCAUAAAUCAACACCCCAUGUCUGAUGGGCAGGAACUGAUUUUAUACAGUGAUGGCUGUACAUAUCAAAACAGAAAUGUUGUACUGGCCAAUUCGUUGCUCAACUUUAGCAUGCAGCACAAGAUCACUGUCGUUCAAAAGUUUCUUGAAAAAGGACAUACCCAGAUGGAGUGCGACAGUAUGCAUUCCGUCAUAGAGAGAGCAAUGAGGCACAAAAAGAUAAAUGUUCCAGCAGAUUAUGCAUAUUUGGCCAAAACAGCCUGCAAGAAAAGUCCUUAUGAAGUUGAGUAUCUUUAUCAUCAUUUUUUCAAAAACAUUGAGAAUACCCUGACUUUUUACAAGUCUAUAAGACCGGGGAAAAAGUCUGGUGAUCCCGUGGUCACAAAUCUGAGAGCUCUGAAGUAUUCCGAAGGAAAGAUUGUUUACAAGUUAAGACACUCGAGUAUUGUUUGGGAAGAGCUUCCUAUCAGGAUUAAAAAAAUAUGCUUCGUGCCAUGGAAUGAUAUACCUCCGCUGUACUCCGCAAGAUUGCAAAUUACAAAAGACAAAUACAUGGAUCUCCAGGAACUGAAAAGUUCAAUGGAAAAAGAUUACCACAAAUUUUAUGAUGAUUUACCUCAUUUUUAAAACGGUUAUCGAUAUUUUCUUUUAUUUGAUUAAUGUUAUGUUUGCUAACUAGUUUCUUUGGUAUACUAAUAAUAAAAAUAAUGAUUGUUUGUUCCUUAAAAAUCGCAUUAAAACGUUGAGACUGAUUUUGCCAUAAAAAUCUUAAUGUUACCUAUAGGUAUGAUAAGAUGUUAACUAAUUAUAUAAGAACUUACCUCAUUUACGUGAACAUAGUUCACAACUGUGUUUUGUUUUUGAUAAAUUUAAUAGAUAGUUAAGAAACGUAUUUUGUUCCUAAGACUUUUAAAACCUAAUUUUGAGACUGAUUACGCCUUAUAAGUUAAGUCAAGCUACUAGAUUUAAGUUUAGAAACUGUGUUUUAUAUCUGUAUAACAGACAUUCUUUUUGCAUUAAAUAAAUAAUACUUAAGUUU